AUGCUGACAUUGGCACGACGAUGGAGCCUCGACUGUGCACAGUACACAGCGCCCGGUGGAGAUGCUGUGCCAUGCGUGCCAUCUCGUGCCAGGGUGUUCGUUGCUGGUCUCCUGGCCCAGGCAGGCUUCCCGCCUGCUGUGUGGCCUGCCUCUGGCAAGAAGUCCCCAGCAGAAGCCCUGGAUGCCAUGCGGAAGGGUGGUCCAGUACGUGCGAGGCGAGAUGCCAUCACGACGGGGGAUUUGCCUGUUUGUUGGCCUCGAGGUUAUUCAGAUGCAAAUACAGAGGUAGCCAAAGCAGUUGAUCCAGGGAAUGUCACGCAGCCUGUGCAGCGGAGCAGAGCGCUCUCUUUUAGUCCAAUGCGAGGACGCUGGGAGCGAACGGUGCAUCCCUGCGAACGGACGCGAGGCGACACCCGAACUGCUAGUGUCCACUGA